AUGCCUCAACAGCCCAUUCUUGAGUUAGAGGUGUUAGAUGUUUGGGGGAUUGACUUCAUGGGACCGUUCCCAUCUUCAUAUGUUGUUCAACAAAUCAUCUUCCCAAGGUUUGGCGUACCUAAGGCUGUGAUAAGCGAUAACAUAUCUCAUUUUGUUCACAACGCUUUCCAAAAGAUGUUGAGGAAACAUGGAGUGCAUCAACGGUUCGGCCUUCCAUAUCAUCUUCAAUCGAGUGGCCAAGUCAAGGUCUCCAAUCGUCAAAUAAAGCUCAUUCUUGAGAAGACGGUUGCAAGGAAUAUAAAGGAUUGGUCGGAUAAGUUAGAUGAUGCUCUUUGGGCUUAUAGGACGGCUUUCAAGACGCCUAUUAGUACCACUCCAUAUCGCCUUGUCUAUGGCAAGUCUUGCCAUCUCCCGGUGGAGCUUGAACACCGUGCUUUAUGGGCAAUCAAAAAGAUAAACUUUGAUUUAGAAAGUGCGGGGGAGAAAAGGUGGUUGGAUCUUCAUGAGCUAGAGGAGCUUAGACUUGAUGUUUAUGACUGUGCUAGAACCUACAAAGCUUGUUCCAAAGAAGCUCAUGAUAAGCUUAUUGAGAAGAAGGAGUUUUGUGUGGGUGAUAAAGUCCUCCUCUACCACUCGAGAAUGAAGUUAUUUCCCGGAAAGCUCAUGUCAAAAUGGAGUGGUCCUUUCUUGGUGAAAGAUGUUUUUGAUAAUGGCACCGUGGAGAUUUCUCCUUUGGAUUCCUCAUCUUCUUUCAAGGUUAACGGUCAUCGGCUUAAGAAAUAUUUUGAUGGAGUGUUUGUUGGUCUUAUUCAUAAAAUGAUUCUUUUCAAACCACCUUGA